AUGGCAAACCACGACGAGGUCGAGUUCAAAACUCUGGACGGCCUCACCUUGAGGGGGUGGCUGUACCCAGCAAGCAAACGAGGCCCUGGUAUCGUCAUCACUCCUGGGUUCAAUUGUGUCAAGGAGAUGUUCGUACCAGAGGUCGCGGAACAAUUCCAGCUCCUGGGCAUCACAUCGCUCAUCUAUGACCCACGAAGCACCGGCGUGAGCGAUGGCACUCCUCGAAACGAGAUCGACCCAAUGAAGCAAGUCGAAGACUACUCCGACGCCCUCACCUUCCUCAGCACACUGCCUAUUGUGGACUCAGACCGCAUCGGCUUCUGGGGUAUGUCGUUCUCGGGCACCAUAGCUCUCUGCGCGGCUGCCCUGGAUAAGAGGGCGAAAUUUGUAAUCGGUAUCUGCCCGCUGCUGUCGUUCGAAUACAGCAAGAAUAGGUUCCCAAAAGUGCUCGCGAAAGCCGCCAAGGACCGAGAGUCGCAGGUCAAAGGAAACCCCCCGUUCUACCUGCCCCUUCUGACCGACAAGGGAGAGAAUCCAGCCGGAUUUGGCAUUGGGAUGGAUAAGGAAGGAUUCGAGUACAUCUCCACCGCCAAAGAGAGAGUGGCGCCCUCCUUCGAGAACCGCACCACGAUCCAAUCGUACUAUAAAAUCGUCAUGUGGCAACCAAGCGCGCUAAUGCGGUAUGUCUCGCCAACUCCGGUGAUGUUCGUCGUGCCAGAGCUUGAUAGAGUCUCUCCCCCGGAGGACCAGAUCGCCCUCUUCGAGACCUUCGCCGAGCCGAAAAGAUUACAUGUCUCAAUGGGUAAAGGGCAUCUGAACGUUCUGAGUGGCGAGGACUUUCCUUCGAUCAUGAAGCUCCAAGCCGGCUGGGCCGUGGCUGCGUUAGACGGAACACUGGGCGUGCAGUAA